AUGGGCAGGACCAUUUUCUCCCUAGAGGGCGAUACAGUGCCCAUUACACAACGUCUUAUACACAGAUACCAGGAGGUAAUAUUGGGCGCGUUCCAAGUAGGAGAUGACGGUAAUUUCCCCCGCGCAGGGGAGAACUCUGAAACCACAGGAACAUUAAGGGCGAGUUGGAAUAAGUUGUGUCAUUUUGCACGAAGACUAGUUAGUCGUGAGACCUAUGAGAGGAACUUGCUCAUCGAGAAGCUAAGUCAUGAAAAGCAACACGCUACGUCGUACGAUGAAUGGCUUAGUGCUGCAUUGCGGCUCGACGAAUUAACUCGUACGGAAGAUUGGAAGUACAAGGAUGAAACGACGCUUUACGACUACAAACUCGUGCGGGCGCACACGCUCAUGAUGCGUGAGGCUCGCGAAAAAAGGGACUAUGCGCAGUUGCUCUACUUGAUUCGGACCACCUGGGUGCGUAGUCUUGGGAACAUGGGCAACGUGAAUUUGUAUCGACACUCACACGUGGGCACUAAGAACAUUAUUGAAGAGUACAUGCAGGAGUCUGUAAGCGCACUAAAGGAUCUCGUGGCGAACUCCGACCUCGACGACAGCUAUUUGCUGGGUAUGCUUGUGCAGACGCGUAAAAACAUAGGUCGCACAGCGCUAGUGCUCAGCGGAGGCGGCACUUUUGGGCUUUUCCAUAUUGGAGUUUUAUCUACGCUGCUCGAGCAGGAUCUGCUCCCGAGGGUUAUCAGUGGUAGCAGUGCAGGAGCCAUUGUGGCAAGCAUCUUGUGCUCGCGUCACAAACGUGAGAUCGUGCCUCUCAUCGAGGGUGUGCUGGAAAAAGAUUUCAACAUUUUUCAGGACGACUCUGAGAAAACCCAGAGCGAGAAUCUACUUAUCAAGGUGUCUCGUUUCUUCAAAAACGGUACUUGGUUUGAUAACAAGCAUUUGGUGAAAACUAUGAUCGAUUUUUUGGGGGAUCUGACAUUUCGCGAGGCUUAUAACAGAACCGGAAAGCUACUGAAUAUCACUGUUUCCCCAGCAUCUGUAUACGAACAGCCAUCUUUGCUUAACAAUCUUACGGCACCAAACGUGCUGAUCUGGUCCGCUGUUUGUGCUUCUUGUUCCUUGCCCGGAAUUUUUCCCUCCACACCUCUGUACGAAAAGGAUCCCAAAACUGGAGAGGCACGAGAGUGGAACAGCAGCACUGUAAAAUUUGUCGACGGUUCAGUAGACAACGAUUUGCCCAUUUCUAGGCUGUCUGAGAUGUUUAAUGUCGAUCACAUCAUAGCCUGUCAGGUCAACAUCCACGUUUUCCCGUUCCUGAAGAUGUCAGUAUCUUGUGUGGGAGGUGAAAUUGAAGAUGAGUUCAGCGCUCGCUUAAGGCAAAACCUGAGUUCAGUCUACGAGUUUCUUGUGAAUGAAAUUAUUCACGUUUUGGAACUCGGUACGGAACUUGGUUUGGCUACGAACUUUUUAACAAAGUUUCGCUCGAUACUUUCUCAACAGUACUCAGGAGAUAUUACCAUUCUUCCUGAGAUUGGAAUGCUUUUUAGAAUGAAUGAACUUUUAGCAAAUCCUUCCAAAGAGUUUUUAUUGAGAGAAACUGUUAAUGGUGCUCGCGCCACAUGGCCCAAAAUCUCAAUUAUAAAGAAUCAUUGUCUGCAAGAAUUUGAACUAGACAAAGCCAUCUCGAUCCUCAAGGGGAAAAUCAUUUCAAGUCCUUUGUUCACAACAAAAAAUUCCAUGCAGUUCACGGAUUUGUCAAUAUCCUUGGUUAACACUCCAGAAAUGCUCACUAAUGACAUUCAUGUACCUAACGUGUUGGAUGAUACUAUUUUGAAUCCACAAGCCACCGAUGGGCUCUUAGUUGUGCCAGACCAGAACCGCCGUCCUCAUUCUUUCGGAAGGACCAGUAUCUCAAUAGCAGAAGGCGCCAAGCCCACUCAUCAUGUUCGCAGGAAAUCAGACUCGUAUACCAGAGGAAAAUUGUCUUUGAGGGAAAGUCCAUUUUAUGGUACGCGGAAUGGCUCCCAUAUAUCCAAUAAGAUUUUACCUACGGUUAUGGGAUAUAGCCCAAAACUUGACCGCAAGCGAAGCAUGGUUCAUUUGAGCCACACUCCCGAGAAGAGUUUCAAGAUCGACACUACAAAACAUAGCAGCAGUUUCACUGCUCUCCAGAGACAGGAAUCAUCCAGAAACAAGGAUGGCGACCCUUCAGCCAACUCGAAUCCUCCGUCGCCACUUUCAGCACCUGUGGCCAUAUCUGAUACUGGCGCACGCCGUGGAUCUAUCUCUUCCUUUGAAUCUCCUUCAAAACCUCCCCACCGUCGCGGGUCCAAAAAUGUCCAUAGGCGUCAAUCUAUAUCAUCAAGAUCGAUUCAACCCCAUCCCAUCAAGCCUAAUCCUCAUCUGGCUACCAACGGCAAGAAUAAAAAGUCGUUGUUGAAAGAUGACAGUAAUUCACUGCCGACCGUCAGGGGGUCAGCUCCAGAUGCGGGUGAUGGUAAUCGCAACUCUAUCAGCACUUCUUCAGGUAAGAAGGACGAUUGA